AUGGCUCGUGAGACUGAACCCCGUGAUAAUUGCCUUUCCAGCUGCUGUGGGCAGGGCAAGGAAAUCAAUUCUGGAGAUGCAUGCAAUCCCCAGACUCCUGACCAAGGUCGCGAUCUCAACAAACCCGAUUGCUGCAAAGAUAAGCCAUCUCCCUGCUGUAGCGUCUCUUGCCUUGAUCGCAUUGCGCUUCGCGAAUGUGAGCAAGAAUCCAUUUUAUCACCUAACGAUUUGUCGCAAAAACCCACGGGCUCUGCCUGCCAAAGUCCCGACGGUAAACCAUGCGACCAACAUCGCCGUUCUGCACGCGCCAAGUAUGCAGCAACGCUUGAAGCUUUAGGUUGCAUUUGCCGCGCUUUAAUUGCCCUUGGGCAAGAAUCCUGCUGCCCAUCGGAGAGUCGGUCGACCUCUGGUAAUGAGCGCCACUCGACGGAGUCGUCUCGGAGGAUUCUGCGUGAUUCUCUUGGCUCUUCUAGUACCUCGCUAAAGAGACGCCGUAGCACAGGGAAGGGAGAUGCAUGCUCGAGCGGCUGCUGUGGCGUAUCUAAGGCUUCUGCAGAUUCCAAGCAGUGCGGUGUCCCUAAAAAUGGGAAGACGAUCAAUUCUGGUAGCUGUUGCAGUAAAUCAGAGGUUUCCAUAAACAUUGGAGAGGACGUUUCUGUGACGAAAGAUGCAUCAAGCGAGGCCAUGAACUGCUCGAAGGGCUGCUGCAGCCGACCAAAGAUCAACCAGUCCUUGACUACCGAGCAUCAUUCCUCUUCUGGUAUGGGAAAGUCUGACGACCAUGGCUGCUCGGCCGGUUGCUGCAGUACUUCCGCUGUUUUAUCUAAAAAUAAACUCAGUGAACCUGCGACCUGCUCUACCGGUUGUUGCAGCAAGCCAAAGCAGCCGUCUAGUGUCUUGCUGGGAGAUAUAUCCCAUCAAUCUCAUCCUCGUUUGGAUGACUGUUGCAGUAACAUGCCAUCCGGAUGUGCCAUCGGCAAAGAGUCUAGUGACAUGAUCGAGAGCAUCCCAUGCACGACUAUUCCUGACCUCGAAAAGGGUAUUACAAGUAAGGAGCAUAUCAUUUUGAGCGUAUCUGGAUUGACCUGCACUGGAUGCGAAACCAAACUCAAGCGUGCUCUGGGCAGCCUUCAGUCAGUCCAGAAUCUCAAAACUAGUUUGGUUCUUUCGCGAGCAGAAUUCGACCUCAACUGCGAUGUUCAGUCACUUGAUGAAGUGUUGAAGCACUUGGGAAAGACUACCGAGUUCAAAUGCGAAAGGAUCAUAGACCGAGGAUCGCGCGUGGAUGUUAUUGUCUCUGACGCCGCUGAAUUUAUGAAACAAGAUUGGCCCCGUGGAGUUACCGAGAUGAAUUUGAUAGAUGAUCAAUCCGUGAAUGUUGUUUAUGAUGCAAAAAUCAUCGGAGCAAGAGAUCUGUUAGAGCAUGGUUGGGAUCGACCACUUUCUCUGGCUCCUCCUCGUUCUGAUCCAACUCUUUUGGCUGGAGACAAGCAUGUGCGCCACAUGGGUUAUAUGACGAUCUUAUCCAUUAUUCUGACAGUACCAGUCUUGGUCCUCGCUUGGGCUCCGCUUCCGAAGCACGAAAUUGCCUAUGGUUCUGCGUCAUUGGCAUUGGCAACGAUUGUGCAAAUCGUCAUUGCCGGCCCGUUUUACCCAAAGGCAUUGAAAGCAUUGAUGUUCUCCAGGGUCAUUGAAAUGGAUCUGCUCAUUGUGUUGAGUACGAGCGCUGCCUAUAUUUUCUCCGUCGUCUCCUUUGGAUAUCUUGUUGUGGGUAAGCCACUGGCUACUGGUGAAUUUUUCGAAACUAGUACUUUGCUCGUCACAUUGAUCAUGGUUGGUCGAUAUGUCACUGCUCUCGCCCGUCAGAAAGCUGUCGAAUCUAUUUCACUUCGGUCACUUCAGACGCCUACAGCUACUCUCGUAGAUGAGUCUGGGGCCAAUGAAAAGGAGAUUGAUGUCCGGCUUCUCCAGCAUGGAGACGUUCUCAAGAUUCUUCCAGACUCUAAAAUCCCGACCGAUGGAACGGUUAUUGGAGGAUCAUCCGAGGUCGAUGAGUCAAUGAUUACUGGAGAGCCCAUUCCAGUAGAAAAGUUUCCUGCAUCUACUGUUGUCGCCGGAUCCGUGAAUGGUUCUGGGACGCUGAUUGUCAAGUUGACUCGUCUCCCCGCCGAUAAUACAAUCUCCGUCAUUGCAGGGUUGGUCGAUCAAGCGAAAUUGUCCAAGCCAAGGAUACAAGACAUUGCAGACCGAGUGGCGAGCUUCUUUGUGCCUGUUGUGAUUACGCUAUCUAUCAUCACGUUCGUGAUUUGGAUUGCUGUAGGCAUUACAGUGCGAAGCCAGUCUGGGGCUCGAGCCACUACAGAGGCAAUCACAUACGCUAUCACCGUUCUCAUUGUCUCUUGUCCUUGCGCUAUCGGCUUGGCAGUACCCAUGGUCAUCGUUAUAGCCAGUGGUGUCGCUGCCGAGCGAGGUGUCAUCUUCAAGACUGCCAACAGCAUCGAGGUCGCCUACAAGGCUGUAAAUGUUGUGUUCGACAAAACCGGCACCCUCACUCAUGGCAAACUCACGGUUGCAGUUGAGCAUAUAAGCAGCAAUGAUUAUCUGCCCCUACUUAUCAGUCUGAUUGGAAGUAAUAAACACCCAAUCUCCGCUUCCGUGGCCACGCAUCUCAGAGGCAGAGGCAUAUCAGCAUCUACUGUCACUGAUAUCAAGGUACACGCCGGCAAAGGGGUAGAAGGCUUAGCACAAGGGCUUACUCUCCGCGCAGGAAACUCGCGGUGGCUCAACCUCUCAUCUGAUCCUCAAGUACAAUCCGUUCUUGAACAAGGCUACACGGCAUUCUGUUUCACAAUCAACGACACUCUCGCCGCCGUCUUUGGUUUGGAGGACUCGCUUCGCCCCGAUGCUCUCGAGACUGUGACUAAACUCCAGGAACGAGAUAUAUCAGUCCAUAUUCUGUCAGGUGAUGACGACGGCCCGGUCCAUUCCAUUGCAAGACAACUCGGUAUCGCAGCUCAAAAUGUCCGCUCCAGAUGCACCCCGAUUGACAAACAACGCUAUAUCCAAACCCUUGUUAACCAACCCGGUCAUCCACACAAGAAGAUCCGCACAACAACAAUCUUUGUCGGCGACGGCACAAACGAUGCCAUUGCCCUCGCCAGCUCCACAAUCGGCGUACACAUGAACCAAGAAACCGGCAGUGAUGUCGCUCAAUCCGCCGCAGACGUCGUCCUCAUGCGGCCCAGCCUUAGUAGCAUCCUGACAAUGAUCAACAUCAGCGAGAAGGCGGUACGGAGGAUCAAGUUUAAUUUUGGGUGGAGCUUUGUGUAUAAUGUGUUUGCGAUCUUGCUCGGUGCGGGAGCGUUUGUGGAUGCCAGGAUUCCGCCGAGAUUUGCCGGAUUGGGGGAGUUGGUAAGUGUUUUGCCUGUUGUUGUUGCGGCUGUGCUUUUGAAGUGGGCGAGGGUUUGA